AUGGCUUUCCAUCAAAGAUCGACAAGUUUGCCUUCUAGGCCUCAAGUCAGUGAGACCGAAGUUGAGCUAGAGCUUCAGAGCCUAGAAGCUAGCAUCUCUUCAUCCAAUUCCAUCAGCACGAUGUGCGAUUUUCUCAGGACUCUUGCAAACAUCUACGAUGGUCUUGACGAAAUCAUCUGCCUACCAAGCAACCAAGUUUGCUCCUCCCAGCAGAGGAGGAACAUAUUGGAUGGAGAAAUGGAAGGUUCCCUCGAGCUCCUAGAUCUCUGUGGUGCCAUGCAAGAGAUCUUCGUGGAGAUGAAGGCCAUCAUCCAAGAGCUGCAAGUGGCUCUAAGGAAAGGGGAUGUUGCAGCUGCUCAAGCCAAGAUCCAGUCUUACACCCACUUGGCGAAGAAGGCCAGGAACCAUUUCAAGAAGGCCACGAAGAAGGCUCCUGCAGAUUGCAGGAUGGUCAUGCUAUUGGCCAAGGCCAGGGAGGUCUCUGCGUCUCUCCUGGAGUCCACACUCCAUCUCGUGUCGAAGCAAAUCGAAAUGCCUAAACAAUCUCUUGUUUCCAAGGCAUUUCACAAGAAGAAAGCGGUUGUUUGUAAGGAGGAACAAUUGUCGGAGUUAGAGUGCAGUAUCAGAGAUCUUGAGAGUGGAGCAGGACAUCUGUUCAGGAAAUUAAUCCAGAGCAGAGUUUCUCUACUCAACAUCCUUAGCUCAUAGAUACUCCCAAGUCAUUCUUGGCGCCCUCCGAUCGGCAUCCGCCUUUUAAGGAAUAGCUGAUCUUCAUACAACUAUACUGUAUAAAUGUACAUGGUACUACAGAAAUAGAAAGUGAAACCAAAGUUUUGAUCCAUUUGACCAUUUCAUCCUUGAAGACGU